UCGGCGCAGCAGGAAUGGCGGCUGUGUCCAGUGGGUCCGCAUCAGUGAGUUGUCGUUGAUGUUCAGCCGGCCCGCCGCCCUCCGAGAAGUCACCCGCCCCGGCGUGGGGGAAGGUCUUGUGCUCUUAGCCAGCGGGACCUUGUGGAGUUGACGGUAUGUAUGCAGUCUAUCGCCAGGUGCAUCCCCCGACGGGGCUUGAGUUUGCCAUCUACUGCAGCUUCUUUUCCAAUGCAGAACGAAAUUUGGUGGUGGCUGGGACAUCCCAGCUGCAGGUUUACAGACUGAUUCAUGAUGCAGAGAGCACAGUAAAAGGAGACAAACCUUCAGAGGUCAAAGGUCGUAAAGAAAAGCUGGAGCAGGUGGCAUCUUUUUCCCUGUUUGGCAAUGUUAUGUCCAUAGCCAGUGUCCAGCUGGCAGGUUCCAAACGGGAUGCACUCCUACUCAGUUUCAAGGAUGCCAAGCUGUCUGUUGUUGAGUAUGACCCUGGGACCCAUGAUCUAAAAACCCUCUCACUACAUUAUUUUGAAGAACCUGAGUUGAAGGAUGGUUUUGUGCAAAAUGUUCACAUUCCUCUAGUACGUGUGGACCCAGAUGGGCGCUGUGCAGUGAUGCUGAUCUAUGGGACACAGCUGGUGGUCUUGCCUUUCCGGAGGGACACCUUAAGUGAUGAGCAAGAUGGAGUUAUGGGGGAGGGGCAGAAAUCCAGUUUCCUUCCCAGUUACAUCAUUGACGUUCGAGAGCUAGAUGAAAAGUUGCUGAAUGUGAUUGACAUGCAGUUCCUGUACGGUUACUAUGAGCCCACCCUACUCAUCCUCUAUGAGCCUAACCAGACAUGGCCUGGUCGAGUGGCAGUGCGACAGGACACCUGCAGCAUUGUGGCUAUCUCUCUAAAUAUCAUGCAGAAGGUUCACCCUGUUAUCUGGUCAUUGAGCAACCUACCAUUUGACUGCACCCAGGCCCUGGCAGUACCAAAGCCCAUAGGUGGUGUGGUCAUCUUUGCAGUGAACUCACUGCUGUACCUCAACCAGAGUGUCCCACCCUAUGGAGUGUCCCUGAACAGCCUGACCAAUGGUACAACGUCCUUCCCGCUCCGGAUUCAGGAAGGGGUGAAGAUUAUGCUGGACUGUGCCCAGGCUGCCUUUGUGUCCUAUGAUAAGAUGGUCAUUUCCUUAAAGGGAGGUGAAAUCUACGUGUUGACUCUGAUAACUGACGGAAUGAGAAGCGUACGCGCCUUCCACUUUGACAAGGCAGCAGCCAGCGUCCUUACCACCUGUAUGACCACACUGGAGCCAGGCUAUUUGUUCCUCGGAUCCCGUUUGGGCAAUUCCCUAUUACUUAGGUAUACUGAGAAACUGCAGGAAGCUCCAAUGGACGUUGGAAAAGAUCGGGAGAAACAGGAAGAACCACCCAAUAAGAAGAAGCGUCUGGAUUGUCUGCAGGCUGGAUCGCUGGUGAUGUUGCUCUGUUGGAUGACAUGGAUGAGAUUUGAAGUGUACGGGAACGAGGCCCAGUCAGGCACUCAGCUAGCUACUUAUUCCUUUGAGGUCUGUGACAGUAUAUUGAACAUUGGUCCUUGUGUAAAUGCUUCCAUGGGAGAACCUGCCUUCCUCUCUGAAGAGUUUCAGAAUAACCCAGAGCCAGACUUGGAGAUAGUUGUAUGUUCUGGAUAUGGAAAGAAUGGUGCACUCUCCGUUCUACAGCGAAGUAUCCGAGCCCAGGUGGUCACAACCUUUGAGCUUCCUGGCUGCCAUGAUAUGUGGACGGUGAUUGCCUCCGAUAAGAAGGAUGAGGUGAACACAAAGGAUCAAACGGGAGAUGGAGAGAAGGCAGAGAAGGAAUCUAAAGAUGUCACCCCAGAGGAAGAUGUGAAGAAACAUGGUUUCCUCAUUUUAAGUCGAGAGGACUCAACAAUGAUCUUGCAGACUGGUCAGGAAAUCAUGGAGCUGGAUGCCAGUGGUUUUGCCACACAAGGUCCAACCAUUUUUGCCGGCAACAUUGGAGACAAUAAAUACAUUGUGCAGGUUUCACCGCUGGGAAUCCGGCUACUGGAGGGUGUGAACCAGCUGCACUUCAUUCCUGUGGAUCUGGGCUCGCCGAUAAUGCACUGUGCAGUGUGUGAUCCCUAUGUGGUGAUCAUGAGUGGAGAAGGUCAGGUCACGAUGUUUGUUCUGAAGCGCGACACAUACGGAGGAAACACCCACAGACUGACCAUGCAGAAACCACAGAUACACAUGUUGUCCAAGGUGAUAGCCCUUUGUGCGUAUCGGGAUGUCAGUGGAAUGUUUACCACAGAAAGCCGAGCCUCUGUCGUAAAGGAAGACACGAUGAAAGGGAGUCAGUCGGAGAUGGAAACCAUGAUCACCAAUAUCAGCACCACCGUGGAUGAUGAGGAGGAGAUGCUGUACGGAGAGUCGGGGUCAGCACUCUUCAGCCCUCCCAAAGAGGAGCCGAGCCGUACCUCCGUGCCGAUGGCCGAGAAAGAGCCGUCACACUUCAAAAUAGACCCCACGAACUGGUGCAUGCUGGUGAGGGAGAACGGCGUCAUGGAGAUCUACCAGCUGCCCGACUGGCGCCUGGUCUUCCUGGUGAAGAAUUUUCCAGUGGGGCAGCGCGUGCUGGUGGACAGCUCCUCCGGACAGCACGUUACCCAGGGAGAGGUGAAGAAGGAGGAAUUUGCCCGCCUGACGGAGAUGCCAGCAGUGAGAGAGGUCCUAUUGGUUGGGCUCGGCAAUCGCCAGACGAGGCCUUUCCUUCUGGUUCAUGUGGAACAGGAGCUUUUGAUCUAUGAGGCCUUUUCCUACGACGCACAGCAAAGCCAGAACAACCUGAAAGUGCGAUUUAAAAAGGUGCCACAUAAUAUAAACUUCAGAGAGAAGAAGCUCAAACAAUCCAAGAAGGAGAAGAAGGUUGAGUCAGCCACAGGCGAGGAACUGAUAGUUCCGAAAGCCAGGGUUGCUCGCUUCCGCUACUUUGAAGAUAUAUCUGGAUACUCGGGGGUGUUCAUCUGCGGCCCAUCCCCGCAUUGGCUGUUCAUGACCUCACGAGGCGCGCUGCGCUUGCACCCCAUGACUGUCGACGGACCGAUUGAAUCCUUUGCGCCCUUUCACAAUGUCAAUUGUCCAAAAGGCUUCCUGUACUUCAACAAGCAGGGCGAUCUCCGAAUCAGUGUGUUGCCGACCUACUUGUCUUACGAUGCACCGUGGCCUGUUCGAAAGAUCCCCUUGCGCUGCACAGCACACUACGUAUCUUAUCAUGUGGAAACCAAGGUAUAUGCAGUAACUACGAGCGUGACGGAGAUCUGUAAUAGAAUACCAAAGAUGACGGGAGAGGACAAAGAGUUUGAGAACGUUGAACGUGAUGACCGCUAUAUCUAUCCAAUGCUGGAGAAGUUUUCUAUUCAGUUGAUCUCCCCUGUCAGCUGGGAAGCCAUUCCCAAUACCAGGAUUGAUAUGGAGGACUGGGAGCACGUAACCUGCAUGAAAACCGUGUCCCUGCGGAGCGAGGAGACUGUGUCAGGACUGAAAGGUUACAUUGCCGUGGGGACCUGCCUGACCCAGGGGGAGGAGGUUACGUGCAGGGGGCGGAUUCUGAUCCUUGACGUGAUCGAAGUUGUGCCUGAACCUGGCCAACCUCUGACCAAGAACAAAUUCAAAGUGCUGUACGAGAAGGAGCAGAAGGGCCCAGUGACUGCCCUGUGUAACUGCAACGGAUACCUCGUCUCGGCGAUCGGACAGAAGAUUUUCCUGUGGAGCCUGAAGGACAACGAUCUGACAGGGAUGGCCUUCAUCGACACACAGCUCUACAUCCACCAGAUGAUCAGUGUCAAGAACUUCAUCAUGGCUGCAGACAUCAUGAAAAGUGUCUCCAUCCUUCGCUACCAAGAGGAGAGUAAAACGCUGUCCCUCGUUAGCAGGGAUCCAAAGCUUCUAGAAGUUUACAGCAUAGAAUUCAUGGUGGACAACUCUCAGCUGGGAUUCCUCGUGUCUGACCGUGAGAAGAAUCUGCUGGUGUACAUGUAUCAGCCAGAAGCGAGAGAGAGUUACGGAGGGACACGGCUGCUGCGGAGAGCAGACUUCAAUGUGGGAGCCCACGUGAAUGCCUUCUGGCGAACACCCUGCCGUGGCAUCAUGGAUGGUUCCAAUAAGAAAAACCUGGCUUGGGAGAACAAACACAUCACCUGGUUUGCGACGCUGGAUGGUGGGAUUGGAUUCUUGUUACCGAUGCAGGAGAAGACAUACCGACGUCUUCUGAUGUUACAGAACGCACUGAUCACAAUGAUCCCUCAUCACGCCGGCCUCAACCCCAAGGCCUUCAGGAUGUUACACUGUGACCGACGAGCCCUGCAGAACGCCGUGCGCAACAUCCUGGAUGGUGAGCUGCUGAACAAGUUCCUCUACCUGAGCACCAUGGAGCGCAGCGAGCUGGCCAAGAAAAUCGGUACAACGCCAGAUAUGAUCUUGGAAGACGUGCUGGAGAUCGAUCGGGUGACUGCCCACUUCUGAUUUCAGACCGAGAGCCGACGGAAAUCCCAGGGACAUUGUUGAUGACUUUAACCCUUGCGCCAGCGUGUGUGCGCUUUCUAAAGUUCACAACGUGGACACAAGGGUGGCGGCUGGAGGUCCUCCCUUCUGCGACUGAAUCUCGAGCCGCAGAAGGUCUGAGGCAGAUUUUAGGACUUGAUUUGUUAAUGUGAGUUAGUUUGAAUGCAUUGUGCAUGUUUUUCAUGUUUAAAAUAUUUUGUAAUGCAAAUGAGGUAAAAAAAAGAUGUUAUUUUUUAAUCUGGCCCAUUUUCAUCAUUAUCUUCUUUUCCAUCUGAAAGUCCUGUAAAGAUUCCAAAGGGAUUGAAAGCUGCACGUUGAGAGGAAUGAGAGACAGAGUAAACUUGGCUUCCCUGCCACUGGUUGCUGACGUUAGGUGCUGGAGCCUUCUCAGAGGCAGCACAGAGCCCAUUUUGGCCAAAUCCCCCUCCUCACCUGUUCUCAAUCCACUGCCUUGUGUAAGUCAACUUGGCUUUGCAAAGUGUUCGGACUGAAACCUUUCUUGGCACCUGUUCUGUGUACAGUGAAAGAGCAGGCACCCACAACUAGAGCAGAAAGCUCCACACUACCUGUGAAAGGUCCAUUCCUCUUUAGUACUCUCUCCUUUCUCCUCUUUGUGCCUUUCCAAGAGUUAGAGAAGAGCACUUAGCAUCUUGAUUGCAUACCCUGGAUUGCAAGGCCCAUAUCUAUCACGAUACACUGAAGGGUAGCUCCCAACAACCGUCCUGUCUUUCCUUAUGCAUUUCACCCAGGUUAGAAAACCUCUUCACAAUUCUUUUAUUGACAAAGCAGCAUUUAACCAACACCUGUUCCUUCUGUAGUCUCUCCCAGUCCUAUUCCCACCUGUUAUAUCUGCAUACCUCCCCCUCUGGACCGCUGUGCAUUGUUAGUUAUUUGUUUGACCACUGGUGAGGGCCAAGUUCUGGAAUUCCCUCAAAACCUCUCCACCUCAGAGUUGUAAAGCUACACAUUACAGAAAACAGACCCUUCAGCCCAACUUGUCCAUGCCGGUCAAGUUGCCUACCUGAGCUAGUCCCAUUUGCCUGUGUUUGGACCAUAUCCCUCUAAACCUUUCCCAUCCAUGUACCUGUCCAACUGUCUUUUAAACAUAGUAAUUAUACCCGCCUCUACCACUUCCUCUGGCAGCUCGUUCCAUAUAUCCACCACCCUCUGUGUGGAAAAGGUUACCCCUCAGGUCCCCUUUACAUCUCUCCCCUCUCAAUUUAAACCUUGUGCCCCCUAGUUUUGGACUCCUCUACCCCGGAGAAAAGACUGUGGCUAAUCACCUUAUCUAUGCCCCUCACGAUUUUGGAAACCUCUUCUCAUUUAAGACGCUUCUAUAAAUCCAGCAUCGAGCAAACCUUUGGUUCAAACGUGGCAUGCAUUGUCUCGCUCCUACUCUGCUGUGUAAGAUCGUAGCUGAUCUACCUCAGCACCACUUUCCUGCACUAACCCCGUAUCCCUGAUUCCCUCAAUAUCCAAAUAUUUACUAGAUGAAGCAUCUCCACCCGAAACGUCGACUAUCCAUCUCCCUCCACAGAUGCUGCCUGACCCGCUGAGUUCCUCCAGCGGUUAGUGUGUCGCUCCAGAGUGCAGCAUCUGCACCCUCUUGUGUCUCUGUCUGCCAAUCCUUGCCUUGAACAUCCUCCACAGUCCUCGGGUCGAGAAUUCCAGGGAUUUUUAUGUCUGUCCUGAACACCUUAUCUCCUAUAGUGAGGCAGUGACACCCCCCACCACCACACCCUCCCACAACACUGUAGACACCCCAGCCUGUGGAAGCAUCAAGCCCCGUCAGGAUGUUGCGUCUUUCACUGAGAUCAUUUCUCUAAACUCUAGAUGCAAUGGGCCCCAGUUGUAUACUCUCUCACAAGGCAACCACCCUAUCCCCUUCACCCCAGCAAUCCAUCUGGUGAACCUUUGCUGCACUCCCUCUAUUGCAAGCAUUUAAAAGACAGUUUGACAGAUACAUGAAUAGGAAAGGUUUAGGGGGAUAUGGGCCAACGUGGGCAAAUCAACUACCUUAGAUAAGAAUCUUGGUCAGCAUGGACCAGUUGGGCCGAAGGGCCUGAUUCUGUGCUGUGUGGCUCUGUGACUGCUUCCUUGGGUUGGAGAUCCAACAAUAAAGUCAUCCAGUUUGCGGCUGCAGACAGUUCCAGCAGUACCUCUCUCCAGCUGGAGGAUUUGAGUACAAAAGGCCCACAAAGCUCUCUGUUAACCUGCUGAUCUGUGUGCAAGGACAGGCAGGUCUUUAAUGACAGUGCCUUUCACUCUCCCGCCCUCUAGCAAGAACGUUUCUGUCGACCAGAGUGGACACCUCCCAUUUUUUCACGUUCCAUCCACCUCUCCUUCCCCUACUUCCUCAGCCUGCGUGUAUCCCCUCCGGCACCUUCCCCACAGCCCACACUGCCGCCCAGCUCUGUAUCAUCAGCAAGUGUGGAAAUCUUGCAUCUCUCCUUGUCUGAAUCAUCGUGAACAGCUGUGAGACCCCAGGUCACAGCCGUCCAGCUUGAUAAUAAGCCACUUACUCUGGCUGUUUUCCGUUUGUUAACCUACAGACUGGUACGGCCCAGAACCAGGCCUUUCUAGCCUGUGCUGACCUCGAUGCCUAUCUACAUUCAUCCGUUUAGCCUGUAUCACUCCGAACCUUUUCUAUCACAUGACCUGUCCAAAUGUCAUUUAACUGUUGUAAUUGUAUCUGCCUCCACUACUGUACAUUGGGUACAUUGUACAUGCCCUCUAGCUUUAGACUCUCCUGCCCUGGGGAAAGGAUUCUGACCAUCUGUCCUAUCUAUGCCCCUCAUAAUUUCCUCAACCACUAUCCCUCAGCCUCCCCUGUUCCACUGAGAAUAACCCCAGCCUAUCCAAUCUGUCCUUACAGUGACAGCUCUCCAUUCUAGACAACGUCCGGGUGAAUCUCUUCUGCGCUCUCUCUAUUGCUCCUGCAUCCUUCCUGUAGUGUGGUGACCAGAACUGUACACAAUACACUGAGCGCACGCUCAGCAAUGUGUUAUACAGCUGCAACUAGCUUUGAUGCAUACCAGUACAUUAUUCCCCACAACCUCUUGUGUGACACCUGAACUGAGAGGCCUUCCAAAAGACACCGUACCCUGUUCUAAUCACGUGAAGAAUCUGUAGCGACAUGCUUUCCCUUUUGUAAACCUUUGUCCACUUUGCACAAUCUGGUUUUAAUUUUCUCAGUGAAAACAAAUGGGGCAGCAUCUGUGGGAAGAGAAGCAGUUAAUGUUUCAGAUCCAGGACCCUUCGUCAGAUCUGGGGAGGAGAGAAACAAGUUAGUUUUCAGUAGCAGAGUAGGUAUGGGAUGGGUAGAAUUUCUCUGAAUGAUUGAGACAGGAUGAACUACCGGGGCAGUUAAGAUCAGAUUAAAAAUGUAAAGGUGGUCUCUGGGAUAUGACGGGGGGUUCUGUUCCAGAGAACUGUUUGUAACCUGAACUCUUCAUUAGAAGUGAACCACAAACAAUAUGUGGGAGAGGAUCACAGAAACAGCGGUGGUGGGGGAAGAGUGGUCACCAGCCGGCCUCACUGACUCGGUGCUCAGCACUCCCAGCUCUGCCUGGGGAGGGUGAAGAGAAGGCACGUGCACAUCCUCCGUUCCCACACUGCAGAAGAUGCCUGCAGCCCUGCAACAGCCGGCAAAUUUGUCCCGCCGGUCUCCUGAACGCUCGUGUGGGCUGCUCACAAGUCAGCUGUUUGUGACCCAGGGAGGGCAAACUAUGCACGAAAAACUGAGCCGAAAUGAUGAACAUGCAAAAGUGACCAUUACUGGUAGAGACAAGGAACCAGCGAGUUACCUAAAGCGGGAGAUUGAGUUCUGAAGACUGCAACGUGCCCAGGUGGAAGAUGAGGUGUGGUUCCUCGAGCUACAACACGGGGCCAUGAACAGGUCAGAAGGGGGUGGGGAUUUAAAGUGACACAUUUUCUAUGAGCCCUUUUCCGCUUCCUUAAGGCUAGAUUCGAGUGUUUCUGUCAGGCUAAACGUUCUCUGCUUCCCUGUUUUUGUUUCCUCCGUUCCCCAACAGUAGUUGUCUCGCAUUUGCUGCUUUACCACCUGUAGGGACAAUUCACAAAUUUCUGGAAUUUGGAAGGUGACAUUCAGAGCAUCCACCAUUUCCAGAGGGAACUCUUUCAAAACCUCUGGCUUCUGGAGAUUUAUCAGCUUUCAGUCACAUUUCUUUCAGAAGUCAUCACCACUGCAGCCAGAGAUUUGUUGACAUCUUCUGUGAAGACACAUGCGAACUGCUUUUAAUCUCCCUGCCAUUUCCUUACUCAGUGGAAUUUCUCAUGUCACAGUCUGUAAGGGACCCACGUUAACUCGUGCUAAUCUUUCCAGCUUUUACAAACUUUUAACUAGGUUACUCAUGUAUUAAAUUUCUCUCUCCUUAUUAAUUCUGCUUUCCUAAUCCUUGGGUUUUUAAAUUAGGUUGUUGAAAAUUAUAUGUAGGUUUAUCAUUGCCUCUCGACACUGCUUCUGAAGAACUCAAGUUUUUUUAAUAUCUUGACAAAUGUAUUAAAAACCUGCAUAGUUCAAGUUCCUGCUGCUGUAUAAAACUUUGGUUGGGCCACAUUUGGAAUAUUGUGUGCAUUUCUGGUCACCAUAUCACACCAAGGAUGUGGAGGCUUUGGGAGAGGGUGCAGAAGAUUUUCACCUGGAUGUUGCCUGGAUUGGAGAGUAAUAGCUGUAAGGAGAGGUUGGACAAACUUGGAUUGUUUUCUCUGGAGUGUCAGAGGCUGAGGGGAGACCUAAUAGAAGUUUAUAAAACUAUGAGAGGCACAGAUAGUAUCUUUCUCUCAGGGUGCAAAUGUCAAAUACUAGACGACAUAGCCUUAAAGACGUGCGGGGCAAGGUUUUUUUUAAACACAAAGUGGUAGGUGUCUGGAAUGUGCUACUGGGGACAAGGUGGACACAUACAGCAACAUCAUAUGACUGACGCAUGAUCAGGCAGGGAAUGGAGGGAUAUAGACUUAUGCUUGCUAUUCCUGACAUUCUUAACCCACACUUAACCCAUAAUUUGUCCAAUUAUCCUUGGUGCGUCUGACCCACAGAUUAAUGCAUGCCUUCAGGUAAUUGGAUUUCCCAGGCUCAAUAACAUUCUGUUUCUGAUGGUACAUCUGCCAAUUCUACCCCUUGUGUAGGAACAUUCCAGUUGUAGGGGCCCUGACAAUUUAUUCAUAUUUAUCUCUGUAUCACUCAUUAAAAUCUUUCUCUAUGUUUAAAAACAAAUCCUUAAAUGGUCCUGCAUUCCUGUGGCAUCAGCAGUGUAGACUAAAGAUGUGGAUUUAAAAGUGCGACCAUCCUUUACUAAAGCCCAUAACAUGAUGCCCAUCGCAGUAUUUGUGACCUAAUCCUACCAUUAACUUGAUAGCCACAGUGAAACCAUUUUGCCUGUUGCUCUAAAAGGGAUGAACUAUUGUUGUAAACUAUGAAUUCUUUAAAUAUUGAUUAUUGCUUGUUUAUUCAGUCCUUUCAAUGUAGUUUCCUAAUCUUCAUGGCUCAUGUUUGCUUUGCAUUCUUCAGACUUGGAACCCUGGUUUUUUGAAUGUUCAGCCUAAUAUAAAAUUCUACCAUAUGAUCAUUUUCCCCUAAAAAGUUCCUUAAGUACAAGAUUAAUUAACCCUUAUUACACAAUACUAAACCUAAAGUAGCUUGUUCUUUCUUUGGGUUCUUGAACAAAAUUGCUCUUCACUCUGUGAAAUUAUCUCCCACUUUUCUGAUUGGAAAGUGCUGGAAGUACUCUCUAGAGAAACAGUCAGCUUUUCGGCUCAAGGAGAUAAGUGGAGGAGUAGGGAGACACCAAGAUAAGUGGAGGAGUAGGGAGCAUAGAGGAAAUAGAAAGAAUGCAGAGGGACCUAGACAGUUUAGGAGAAUGGGCAAGAAAAUGGCAGAUGAGAUUCAAUGUUGAGAAAUGUGC